AUCAGUUCCUUUCAUUCGACCUUUUCUUCACUAUUUUACAGUCCACAGUUACAAAGAUGACCUGCUUAGACUCACAGUCAAGAACCCCAUCUCGUCUUCUUCCCUCAAAAAGACAGUAAAAGGACCCUGCAGUCUGAAGAAGAAUAGUGUGAAAUCAUACCUGAAACAUUUACAAUGAGUAACAGCUUGUUACAUAGUCAUUAUUCGAGUGGUGGAAUCCCAUCAGAGAUUGCUGAGAAUCUAAAAGAUUUGUUUCCUGAGGAUGGCGAUUUGAGCUAUGAAGAAGUUCUUUUGCAACAGGAAACUGUUUACUUAUCAUUUCAAGCAAAUGGGAAAAACAAGAAUAUGAGCUCUGAAUACGGUCAGACCAGUAACGGGCAUCAGUUAUCAGCACAAAAGAGUGAUUCUUCUCAAAGCCCUGAAUCACAGUUGGCUCUGGAUGAAGCUAUAGCUAGAUCAUUGCAGUUGGGGGAUGAUUUUGAGGAUUACUGUAGAGAUGAGCUUAAUUCUACUGUGGCUGGCAUCAGGGAAUCCCCUCCUAGAGAAUCACCUCCGGUCAGGGUUGAGAAUCCGAACACGAGGAGACAAGAUGAUAUUGAUCCAGAUAGUAUGACCUAUGAGGUUAUUUACACAGAUAAGUCUUGCUCUUCUAUCUUUUGCCACCAUGUGAGUUUUCUUAUAUUCCAUUUCGAUUGUCUUCUUUCAUUUUUGGUAGGAAUUGCAGUUUUUAGGAGAAACUGUUGGCCAGCAGAGCAGAGGGCUUUCACAAGACCUCUUAAGUCGUUUACCAACUUUCAAAUACAAGACUGGAUUCUUCUCAAAGAAAAAGAAAAUGGGAGAGUGUGUUAUAUGUUAUGCUGCAUACAAAAGCGGAGAUAUGUUGACCACUUUGCCUUGUGCACACAUGUUUCAUUCAGAAUGUAUUAACCGCUGGCUAAAAGAAAGAAAGAACUGCCCCCUCUGUUCUGAAGAGGUGAAAGAUGAAUGACUUUGCAGAUCCAAUGCCUUGUUGCUCAACUGAUCUGCCUUCAAAUAUCACUUUUCGUUCAUGUAAUAGAGUAUCAGCCUCCUUUAAAGACUUAUAUUUGGUUUGUAAAUAGCCUUCUGGUUUGAUUCCCCAUAUUUCACUAUCUGGACAUAUGAAUGAGACCGUUAAGCAAACUAAACUGUCUAGUCCUGCUCUUGGUAUCAGCAUAUCUUGCUAGACAUUGACUU